AGAAAUCUUGUAUUAAUUAUUACUUCAAAUUGUACAGAAUUCACCAAAUCAAACUCAUGGCACAUGUUCAUCUGAUCGCAAUAGCUGCACCUCUUCCAUCCCUAUAAAAACCUGCCCUUUUCUCCUUUUCCUUUCUCUCAACUGCCCUCAUCUCCCUCGUAUUCACACACAACCAUGUCUCCCAGCAAGUUUGAUUCCACUGCUUCCUUUGGAAAUGGGGAUGCAAGUGUUUCAUGCUCUAAGCCAGAGAAUGGUUUUGUUGAUUCACUUUUAUUUUUACAUUCUGAGAAGGCAGUGGAAGAACUUCUUCAACAAACUCCUGUUGAUGGAAUGGAUGAACAUCUUAUAGAGUUCUCAGAAGCUUUGAGAACUGUUGCGAAGGCAUUAAGACGUGCUGCUGAAGGAAAGGCUUCUGCACAAGCUGAGGCUGCUGAAUGGAAACGUAGAUAUGAGCUGGAGAGAACCAGGAAUAUACAGAUGGAGCGUAAAGGCAACAAUAUCUGUGAAAUGCUACAAAGUUGGUGGACUCGGACUUCUCUAGAUAAUGCAAUCGAAAUGAUAAGAAUUAUGUUUCCAUGUCUUGUCUUCUGGGAAGUUUGGAAAGAACAAAAAAAGAGAGUAUCAGAAGCUCGAAUUGCAGAGCGGAUCUCUGCAGAGCAAAAUGGCGGUAUUGAUUGCAGGACAAUAAAGAACUCAGACAACCAAUUGAUGCUGCAGAAUGAAUCAGAUGAGCAUCGUGAGAAAGGCUGCAUGAAGCAUGGGAUUUGCUCUCAUGAGGUUCUUCGUGACAGAGAAUCAGAUUCGAAUUCCAAUGUAGAUUGUAAUAAGAUGAUGAGGAAGGCAUCAUUUAAACUUUCAUGGUGGUGCAAGGGUGAGAAUGGUGAUCAGCACAAGCAUGACAUUGUCUCUUUUGAAAAAGGGAAUAUUACGACGGCAGAACGUAGCAGUAAACAGAUUUCUCUGAAGUGGGAAUCUGACCCACAAACUGUGCUUAUUUUGACAAAACCGAAUUCAGUUUCUGUUCGAAUUCUUUGUGCACAAAUGGUCAGAUGGUUGAAAGAGAAGAAAAAGAUAAACAUUUAUGUUGAACCACGUGUGAGGGUUGAACUACUGACAGAGUCAACCAACUUCAACUAUGUACAGACAUGGAAAGAUGACAGGGAAAUUUUGCUCCUACACACGAAAGUUGAUCUUGUUAUAACUCUUGGUGGUGAUGGAACCGUACUGUGGGCGGCAUCAAUGUUCAAAGGACCUGUUCCUCCAAUCGUUCCAUUUUCUUUAGGGUCUUUGGGCUUUAUGACUCCUUUUCAUAGUGAACAUUUCAAAGAAUGCCUUGAUUCUAUCCUAAGGGGACCCAUCAGUAUAACAUUACGACACCGCUUACUAUGCCGCGUGGUUAGAGAUGCAGCUAAAAAUGAGUGUGAAACAGAAGAGCCUAUUCUUGUUCUGAAUGAGGUUACAAUUGACCGUGGAAUAUCAUCAUACCUCACGAAUCUGGAAUGCUAUUGUGACAAUUCCUUUGUCACAUGUGUGCAAGGGGAUGGUUUGAUUUUAUCAACAACAUCUGGUAGCACUGCAUAUUCAUUGGCAGCUGGAGGAUCAAUGGUCCACCCACAGGUCCCUGGUAUCUUGUUCACACCAAUUUGUCCACAUUCAUUAUCCUUUCGACCUCUGAUAUUGCCUGAGCAUGUAACAGUGCGAAUAGUGGUGCCUUUUAAUAGCAGAAGUCCUGCUUGGGCAUCAUUUGAUGGAAAGGACCGAAAACAGUUGGCUGCUGGGGAUGCUCUUUUGUGCAGCAUGGCGCCUUGGCCUGUGCCUACGGCAUGCCAAGUUGAUUCCACUAAUGAUUUUUUACGCAGCAUACAUGAAGGCCUCCAUUGGAAUCUUAGAAAGACCCAGUCGUUUGACGGCCCUCAGGAAUUAUAGGACAUUCCAAACUUCAGUUUAGCAUUUCUAGUUUGAAUCUAACUUAUACAUGUCAUAUGUUUCAAGAGUCUUUGUGGGAAGGGGUAAGAAAGCAAAUUGAAAAUUUGAAAGUGGUCCCCAUAUGGUUGUAGGAAGGAACAUUUUAUUUGUCCUUCUGCCGAUGAUAACGAAAAUUGUAUUUAAAAAGUCUGUGUAUGCUACUAUGAGAUAAAUAGAGGUAUUAUACAUUCAAAAUCUAUCAAAUUGAGCAUAUAUGUUCAAAAUUCCAGGCCGUGGAUUAUUCAAAAUUUAUGGUAUCUUGCUGAUAACAAUAG